CGCGCCGCCGGUAGUUUCCGCAGCCUUGCUUUGGCCGGCCGGAUGCGGCCAUGGAGGGCGAUCCUCCCCCGGUGGAGGAUCGGCGGCGGCUGCAGGAGGAGCUGAGCGAGUUUGUGGAGAGCUGCUGUCGGACGCUGGAGGAGGUGACGGUGUCCUUGGGCUGGAACCUGGAUCGGCUGGACCCCGGGGAGGAGGAGGCGGCAGAGGAUGAAAUUGUGAUAUGCCCUUAUGAUUCCAAUCAUCGAAUGCCUAAAUCAUCUUUAGCAAAGCACAUGGUAUCGUGUAGAUUGAGGAAACUGGGCUACACCAAAGAAGAAGAGGAUAAAAUGUAUAAUUCUGAAUUUUUCUAUGAGAAUGUGAAGAUACCUUCAAUUACUUUGAAUAAGGAUUCACAAUUCCAGAUAAUUAAGCAAGCUAGAACUGCAGUUGGAAAAGAUGGUGACUGUUACAAUCAAAGGAUUUAUUCUUCAUUGCCUGUUGAAGUUCCUCUGAAUCACAAACGGUUUGUUUGUGAUCUGACCCAAGCCGAUCGUCUUGCCCUCUAUGAUUUUGUAAUUGAGGAGACAAAGAAAAAGCGCUCUGAUUCUCAAACGGUUGAAAAUGACAGUGAUCUCUUUGUAGACUUGGCUGCAAAAGUCAAUCAAGAUAAUAGUAGAAAAAGUCCAAAAUCUUACCUUGAAAUCCUGGCAGAAGUGAGGGAUUAUAAAAGAAGACGCCAGUCCUAUAGAGCUAAAAAUGUUCAUAUUACCAAGAAAUCAUAUACGGAGGUGAUUCGCGACGUGAUAAAUGUGCAUAUGGAAGAACUCAGUAAUCAGUGGCAAGAAGAGCAGGAAAAAGCGGAGGAUGACACUGAAAAGAAUGAAGAAAGGCGAUCAGCCUCCCUAGAUUCACGGCAGUCCGGUGGGAGCUAUUUGGAUGCGGAGUGUUCACGACAUAGAAGGAAUCGGAGUAGGAGCCCACAUAAACGAAAAAGAAACAAAGAUAAGGAUAAAAACUGGGACUCAAGAAGAAGGAAAGAGAGGGAUGGGGAAAGACAUCAUAGUCAUAAAAGAAGAAAGCAGAAAGUAUAAAUGAAGUAGUUGCAUGUAUCAAGCUGAUGCCAUCCAUGAUACCAACAUGCCAAUAUUUUCAUUAUAAUUGCUUUGAGUAGGAGAAUGUGUUUAUAUGACCUGUUUAGUGCUCAGAUCAUUAUUUUUCAUAACUGCUUAUAUCUCAAACCAUGAGUACACUAUUUGCCCUAUAACUUUGUUUUCCUUAUAUUUUAAUAGGUGAUUGCUUCCUAUUCCUAUUUUGUUUCUUUUUUGAUAAUUUAUCUAUCAGAAAAUUCUUUAAAGGCAAUAUUUAAUUAUAUAAAUAAUACACAAAUACAUUCUCAUUGUAAAAACUUCCAAUCUUACAGAUAAGGCUAAAGUCUCCUUGGAACAACACACCUGCAAUCCCGAUCCCCUCUCACCCCCCAUGGUAACUACCUUACUACCAUUAACGCUGCGCAGACUGCUGAAGUGUAAUAGGGAAAAACAACCUAAAUGUCUGUCAGGAGCGGAAAGGCCUGGCUAAAAUGCACUGUAGUCAUACAAUAGGUUACUGUAUUGGGUUUAAAAGAAAGAAACUUCAUCUAUAUGAACAUGCAUAGAUCUCAGAAACAAUGCUAAGUGAAAACAGCAAGUUUAGAAAGGGUAUACAAGUUAUAUAUCUUUGUACAAAACAAUACUAUACGUAUUCAGUGGCUGUAUAUGGAUAUAAAUAUAUUCUUAAAAGUCCAGAAGAACCCCUGCCAGACUCACAACUGAUUAUUUUGGGGGAGAUGGUAUAGAUAGGGGAGAUAAGGGUGGAAACCAGGACUGGGAGGGUGGUCAAAGGAAACUUGAGCUUCACCUAUAAUACAUUAAUUUAAAAAAAUAAGGUUUUCAUGUUUUACUUGUUCAUUAAAAAAUACUGUCAUUCUG